AUGGAAUUACAAAAUUAAUUACGAUCUUACUUAAGUUCAUAUGAAACUUAUCCCUAUGUCCGAGAUAUCAAGUUGAGAGUUCUUUAUGGUGAUAAAUCGCAUAUCAAACUUGUUCAAUAAUGUUUGGCUGGUUUUCUUAUAGACGAUGAUGAAUCUCCGAUUUUACGGUUACUAACCCUCAAAUUCAACAAGGAAUUGGCUGAAACAUUUAAUGAGGAUUACAUCCAUUUGAUGUAAAAAAUUGUUCUCCCAAAAAUGGAAUAGAUUGCUCUUUUUUAAAAUGAGUCCAAAGACUGUGAUAGAGGCAAACUGUAUUUUCUAGGGAAUCAAAAACCCCACUAAGGUAACAAAGAGUUGCAGGCAAUAGGCGAUCAAUUUUUGAGAGUAACUCUAGAAUGUAUUAGGAUUUGGGGAAGGUGGUUUCCUUUAGACAAAAUUCAUCACAGAUUGAGUCUGUACCGUGUAGCAUAUGAGAGAUUAUACAAUUUAGGUGUACUAUUCCCAGAAAUUCAAUAUUUUGAUCUCAAUUAAGUGCACAUAAAUUUGCCUUCUACUUUUCCUCCUUUAUCGAUGAUGAUGCAACUCAAGAGUGUUUUAAGCGAGCAUUCCAGAUCAAGCACAAAAGAGAUAUGUAGAUAUUUGGAAUCUCAUCUUCCAGAAGAAUAUCAUCAAACCCAAUACUCAUCGUUUGCUGAAUUAUUUUAAACCAUAGUCAAAAAACAUAUAAUGAAAAAAAAUAAACAAGCGAGACUGGCCAAUCUAUUUCUAGAACGAGAUCCCAAAUAUCAAGAAGUCAAAAAGAUGGAAGACCAUGAAGAAUGGACUCAAUUGCAGAGAUUGCAAAUUGAAAAUUAACAACUUACCUAUCUUAAUAAUAUGCAUCAAUAAAAAAUGUAAGAAUUAUAGAAAUAAAUAAUUGAGACUCAAAACUAAAAUUCAUUGCUCUCUUAAAAUAUUAAAGAAAAGCAGUUGCUAAUAGAGCGAUAUGAUACCAACUUUAAAGCUUUGGAAAAGAAGUACGAAAAACUAUUUGAAGAUUAUAAAAAAAACAAUCUUUCCAAAACUCCAUAUAUCCUUGCAACUUAUGAAAAAAAUAUAGCUGAAUUUAGAGUUGAAUAUGGACUUUCAUACUCUGAAAUAGAAUGCCAUAAAUUAAGAGCUGAAAAUGAAUAUUUACGUAAAUAAUUGGAUGAAUCUGAUAGUAUGUAUGACAAAAUUAAACAUGACAAGGAUGUCUUACUGACAGAAAAUAAAUUAUUGUCAGCUCGAAUUUCUCAAUUAUCUCAAAAAAUUGCAAAAGGAACCAAAGUUGAAAAAGACACUCCUCAGACUUAAGAGGAUUUCAAAUUAUAUAAACAAAAAUCAAAUCUAGUCUAAUAUGAAUAGGUUAUGAUAUGCUAAAAAAGACAAAUCACAUAAUUGAAAGAGUAAUUACUAAAAAUGAAUGAUAAAAAAUAUAGUGUGACAAGUCAAACCUGGGGAGUGAGUACUAAGUCAGAUUCCAGGAGAAAUAUUAAUGAGUUGCAAGCGUGUAAUAUAUCCUCUUAAAAACAAUCUGCUAAUUAGAAAACCACACAUAGAUAAUCUAAAAUCAUCAUGCCUCCAAUACUUGAGUAUGAUCCAACUAUAUUUGCAGUCAACCCUACUAUUUUUAAUACCAGAUUUAGAUAAGCCUGCUUUACUUCCAAAGCUAUAAUACAUCAAGAUGAUUAGAUUUAAAUUUCAACUCACACAUAGUUAAAAUUCAAAAAAUUAUUCAUCACACUCUCUCUUGAAAACAAGUCAAAUAUCAAACUAACUGGCUUCAAAUUCUAUUUAAAAGAAGUAGAACAAUUAAUUGCUUUUGUCUUAGAUGAAAUCAAAACUGAUUUAAAUCCUGGCGAAAUUUAAUAAAUUAAAUUAGAAGUAUCAAUUAAAGAAAUACCUUACAUUUUAUAAGAAGCUUAAAUAUCUUUUAUGGAUAAGAAUAUCUAAUUUGUGAUUCCUUGUACAAUCAAUAAAUACUUAACUUUUAAAUCUUGUGAAUAGAUACCUUAAUCGUUUUUUUAUUAAUGUAAACCAUUUUUAACAGGAUUCUAAAAUUCUGUUCCCAAUUUAUUACCAGAAUUCGAAGUAAUAAGCCAAUCAGAUACUGAAAUAAGUGUGCUGGCAUCUGCUGAAUAUAAUGAUGAAGAAUAUGAAAUUAUGAUCUCAUGUAGAAAAAGUAUGAUGUAAAUUAAAAUGAAUGGUGUUUAUAACGACAAGCUAGUAAAAACUAUCAUAUCAACUUACUAAGGCCUAUUUUUAAAAAGAUGA